AUGGGAAAUCAAACAGUGUACGAAUUUCAUCUUUCUGGACUCGCAAACCAUUUCCAGACUCAGUGCCUUCUUUUUGUCCUUUUCCUUCUUAUCUACCUGAUGACCAUCAGCACAAACCUUCUCAUCCUUUUCCUGGCAUUCAUUGACUCUCAGCUUCAUACACCCAUGUACUUCUUCCUCGGGAACCUGGCGUUUAUAGACAUGUCUUACUCCUCUGUGACCGUACCAAGGAUGCUCUGUGAUGUCUUCACUACAAACAGAACAAUAUCUCUCCCUGCUUGUAUAACUCAAGUCUUCUUCUUUAUUUAUUUUGCUAGCUCUGAGCUAUUUCUGUUGGCUGCAAUGUCCUAUGAUAGAUAUGUUGCCAUCUGCCACCCUCUGCAUUAUAUUCAAAUCAUGUCCUGGAAAGUCUGUACACAGUUCAUAUCUGUGGUUUGGACCCUUGGUUUCCUAUAUUCUUUGGUGCACACUCUCUGCUCACUCAGACUGACCUUCUGUGGUUCAAACAUAAUCCAUAAUUUCUUUUGUGACCUCCCUCAUUUAUUCCAGCUGUCCUGUACUGACACUUUAGUCAACAUUGUAGUAAUAUUGAUUGUAGGAGGAAUUCUAGGAAUUGCUGCUUUAGCUGUUACAUUUAUUCCUUAUACCUAUAUCCUUAGUACUGUCCUCCAAAUCAGAAGCUCUGGAGGGAAACGGAAAGCUCUCUCUACCUGCACGUCCCAUCUAACAGUUGUAUUAAUCUUCUAUGGUUCCAUCAUUUUUAUUUACUUUAUUCCCGCAACAAGCUACAUGUUUGAGGUAAAUAGGUUGGUUAAUGUCAUUUAUGCCGUUAUUAACCCUUUACUAAAUCCACUAAUCUACAGCUUGAGAAAUAAAGAUCUGAAAGAUGCCCUUAGAAAAUCCACAUUGAUAAAAGUACUUAAAGGGACAUGA